GCCAGUUUUGCCUUGGAUUUGUCAGGGAAACACCAGGCGGGAAGAUCAUGUCUUAUUUUGCCCCUGCUCGCGCGCGAUCGCCGUCCGAGCGAGCCUUGCUCACCGCCAGCUUGGCGGGACUGUGCGGUCUGCCCGCCACAAAGCCCCCGACCUGCAAGCUGUCAUCGCUGAUCCCUUUGGCUAGAAAUUUACUGCCGAAGUUUCGUCCCGAUGUUUAGGAAGGCGUUCAUGUGUCUCCAGACGAACCCCAGAUGUCAUAUCUUAUCAUUGAACCCCCCGAUCGCCGCACUUGGCAGCCAUAAACAAGAAGUUAUGAUCGGAAUUUUGUGCUUGGCAAAUCGAAUGUACAGUACAGUACAGAGGCUCCAUGAAGCCUAUGGUUGGUUUUUGCAAGGAGGUUUUUGUCUGCAGUACUCUGUACUACUGAAGAUGGGCACUAUGUGUUUCUCUUCUCCCAAAUACAUGAUUGAAGAUGGCUAGUGAGGCAUGAUGGAACAGUUCCAAGGAAAUGUGGUGUCAACUGUCAAUCAAACCAUCACGACAGACCAGAUCGCUGCCAUCCAGAGUCAGCUACAACAACAGAGGCCUCAAGCUCAGGUGACCGUGCAGGCUGCCCAGCAGACAUCGGCCAGUGGGGCCCUGACGGUGACCAGUCCCAGCACACCUGUCAGCCUGACGCAGACGGGGCAGCCGCAGCAGCUGCAGCUACAGCUGGGGGGCCAGCAGGUGCCAGGACAGGUGGUACAGGUUUCGGGUGCGCAGGGCCAGCAGGCUGUGACAGCAGGACAGCAGAUCAUGGUACAGCUGCCCCAGCAAGGUGGACAGCAGCCCCAGACCAUCACCAUCCCCGUGUCAGGGACCAACCAGCUGCAGCAGAUCCAGGUGCUGCAGCCGCAGCAGGUGCAGGUGCAGCAGUCCGGACAGCAGCAGCAGCAGCAGGUGCAACAAGUUGGCCUUAUCCAGAAUGCCCAGGGACAGAUCAUCAUACAGCAGCCUGUGCAGGGAGGACUGGUUGCCGGGCAACAGCUCGGCACCACGCCCGACGGCCAGGCCAUUUUCUACCAACCCGUGACUGGAAAUGAUGGAACGAUCCAAGUCCAGCAGGGCCAGGCACAGACACCUCAGAGUGGUGUUAUACAGGUGCCCACAGCUGUAAACUUGAACCAGAGCCAGGUGCUGACGACCCCUACAGUUGCAGCAGCUGCCACCUCCACCCCCCUGCCCCAGCCCAUGACUAUCCAGACCGUGCCUGCUGUAGCUGGGACCACACUCAACACCUCAGGAGGGCAGGUGGUCAUGAUGGUGCCAGGAGCAGGCGGUGUGCCCACCAUGCAGAGAAUACCCCUGCCUGGAGCCGAGCUGCUGGAGGAGGAACCGCUGUACGUCAACGCCAAGCAGUACCACCGCAUCCUGAAGAGGAGACAGGCCCGCGCCAAGCUGGAGGCAGAGGGCAAGAUCCCCAAGGAGAGGAGGAAAUACCUCCAUGAGUCCAGACAUCGGCAUGCCAUGAACAGGCAGCGUGGGGAGGGGGGCCGCUUCCACUCAGGAGAAGGCUUUGAAGACGAGUCAGGUCAUGGGGGGUUCUUUUCACAGACGUCGCUGAACGGCAGCCUGACCACCACGUCCAGCAGCUCCUUCAGCACGAUACCGGAGAUGCUCCAGACGACCACUUCCACCGCGGCCGCCAUGAUGCAGACACCCAUCCUCCUGGAGGGCGGACAGACCGCCAACAUGGUGGGGUUACCCGCAGGCGUACUGGACACAGCCCAGCCUCAGUAGCAGUCAUGUCAGCAGAAGUCAAACAUACAAUCAAUCAACUAGUGUUUUUUUAAAUUUAAAAAAAAUACAAAAACGUAGACUCAGUCCUUUAAACAAUUCUCUCACUACUUUUCACAUGGAAGUCUAGUGAUAAGUCAUAGGUACCUUGAAGUGUGUACAGUAUUACGUAGUGACCUUGGAUAACUGCCUCAAGGUCACGUCAGAAGUUUUGGAUCUGUUAUCCUAUGGAAUGUUGAAGAGUUGGUCAAAAAAUUUCAAACGCAAAGGUUACGAUGAUCAUAAUGUAACACAGAAACACACUUUGAUUUCACACUGUUUGAUUGGAAUUUUUAUUUUGUCCUUAUGUUGACCUUAUUGAUAUUGCUAUACUUGAUAAAUGCUUUUCUGUAACAUUACCAAAUUUUUCCACAAAAAUCUCUCUUGCGCAUGAAAUGUCAUGUUCAUUAUUUCAGACAGUUAACUUUAUAUACUUUCCAGAAUUCUGUAAAGUUUGCAGCUUGAUUUUUAGAGACACAUCAACUUAUGCUGGGAGUCUGUUAAUUGAUUAAUGCUAAUAUUAAUACUAAUAGAUACAUUUUACAUUUUCUUGUUAACAAAGUAACAUUAACGUUAUGUAUUGUGAUAGGAAGCUACAUAUUUGUCAAUUGGUUUUAUACUGUAAAUAGUUUCAAUGUGUUUAGAGAUGCUGUAACAAUCUAGUGUAGUUUUAGAACAGUUGCUGUGUAUUGCACUGAAGAGAAAAAAAAUCUUCCCGAAGUGUAAAUAAAGCAAUACGAUUUUUCUCUUGGAGAUUGUAUGAUACACACAUAAUAUUUGUCUCAUUGCACACUUGAUUGUUUGAUGGUUGAGUAAAAUAAGUUGAAUGACGUUUGUUUCUCUGAGGUCUACCACAAUUUUUACAUCUGAUUCUACCGUUACGUAUCCUGUAAGUUUCUUGCGAAAUUCUAUCCCUCUGUACUCAACUGCAGCUCAGGCAGUAACUCUACAUUGAACAGUUACCAUCAUGAUAAUUGUAUUUUGCACUGCACAUUUGCUGUUUUGAACUGCAGUAUUUGUAUCAUAUUUUCACACUUCUUUCAAUAAGUAAAGUCUUGAUACACAUGA